UGGUGAGGUUCGUGUAUGCUGAAUUCACAGAGAAAACUCCUUUGUUGCCUACUUUCCAUAUUGCAGUAUCUUUUUCCCCAGUUAGGUUGCUGAAAGGGGCCAAGGUGUUGUAGAGAGAAACUAUCCUUUCCACCUCCCAGUCGCUUAGAUUUUUCCUGAGAUGAAGGUUCCAUCCCUGACCUGUCCACAUUUCAGCAACAGUGGCAUGUUGUUGAAAGCUUAGAAGGUGUAGAUUAGGGAAUAGUUGCUUCAAAGUUCUCUGAGCUAUCCCUUUGUCGUCCCAAAAUGCCACUUUGAGUCCAUUCCCCACUUUGAAAUUUAUUCUGGACAAUAAUACUGGCCACAAAUUCCUGACUGGUCUCCAGAUACUACAAUCAUAAGGAGUGGUCACUAUUUUAGUAAUCCAUUUAUCCUCCAUUUCACACUUUGCACAGAUGACCUCCUUCCCCUACAUAUUCUCUCCUGUAAUAAAUUUCCAUAACCACUUCAUCAUUAGACUUCUGUUUUGCAUCUUCAUAUUCUUGAUCCCCACUCCCCCUUCCUUCUUGCUUUUUAUGGCCUCUUCCCAUUUGACCAGAUGGAAUUUUCUUUUGUCUUCAUUUUCUUGCCAAAAAAAAUUCCUUCUUAGCAUGUCUAUUCUCUGGAUCACAUUGUCAGGGUUUGGGAACACUGACAUUACCAUGGUCAAUCUACCCCCCAAAGAAAGGUAUUGACUCCUCCAGUUAGUCAACUUUUUCUCACAUUUUUCUAUCACUCCAUUUCAAAUCCCCUUUGAUUUACUUUUGGCUCCCAAAGGCAUUCCUAGGUAGAUAGUAGGUAAUUUCCCUACUUUUCCACCCAGAUUAGCUGCUAAAUUGUCUACCUCUGCCACUUCAUUAAUAGGGUAUAUGUAGCUCUCCCCCCAAUAGAUGUUUAGCCUAGAAACAACUUCAAAAAUAAUGAAUAUCACCCUUAGUAUCAACAUCUGGCCAGUAGCUACUCCACAAAAGACUAGAGUAUCAUCUGCAUAUUGUAGAUGAGCUAUCUCCAGGUUGUUUAUAGCUCUAUUGUCCACCUGAAAAUCCCUGAUCCAAUCUUUUUCCCUGGCUGUCUGUAUCAAGUUCCUUAGACCUUCCAUAGUUAGGAUGAAGAGGAAAGGUGACAAGGGAUCACCCUGUCUCAGUCCCCUUUGAGGAAAAAAAUCCACAUGGGGUCCUAUUUACAAGGACUGAGAACUUCACUGUGCUAAUGCAGUAUUUUACCCAACUUAUCCACUUGGCUCCAAAGCCCAUUCUUUGCAUCAUCAAUACCAAAAAGUUCCAGUUCAAAUGAUCAUAAGUCUUCUGGAUGUCAAGUUUGCAUAGGAUUCCAGGUUGUUUGCAUAGGAUUCCUGGACUCUACACACUCAUUUGCUAUCAGUAUUGCAUCCAUGAUUUGCCUUCCUUUAAUGAAGGCCAUUUGUUGUCUGUCCACUAGAAUGUGGAUCACUUUCUUCAGUCUUUGUGCCAAGAGCUUGGCUAUAAUCUUGUAUACUCCUACUAUUAAACUUAUAGGUCUGAAAUCAGUUAGCUCCAUAGCUCCCACUUUUUUAGGAAUUAAUGCUACAAAUGUAGCAUUGAUGCUUCUUUCAAAAAUUCCUUCCUUCUGGAAAUUAUGUACUGCAGCCACCAGAUCAGAUUUGAUAGUGUCCCAACACUGACUGAAAAAAGCCAUAGAGAAUCCGUCUGGUCCUGGUGCUUUUUCCCCCGCACAUGAUUUGAUACUCUGUAGGAUUCCUGUUCCUCCAUUGGUGCCAUUAAAAGGUUGCUCUCCUCUGCUCCAAUCAUAGGGCAAUUCCUCAUUUCCAGGUGUGGCCUACAGUCUUCUGUUUCUGAAUAGAGCUUUUCAUAAAAGGUAACUAUCUCCUCUUGUACCUCUUCAUGAUUACUCAGAAUUUCUCCUCUCACUUUCAACUUUUAAUUGUGUUCAUUCUUUUGUGAGCAUUAGCAGUUCUAUGGAAGAACUCGGUGUUUCUAUCCCCCUGCUUUAACCAUGUAGCCCUAGACCUCUGUCUCCAAGCAAUUUCCUCCCUUUUUGCUAUGUCUUCAAAUUCCUUAGUUAGAGCUACUCUGAUAGACUCCAGGACUUUGGGUAUUGUAGGUGUGUUAGGGUUGAGGAGGUUAGACAUGCUAUUAGUAGGAUGAGAAGAGGAAGAGCGAUCGGACCCGAUGAGAUUCCGGUGGAUUUUUUGAAGAGCACAGACAAGGCAGGACGUUCAUAUGGUGUUCAUUGUGACCUUGAAAAGGCUUAUGACAAAGUUUCGAGGAAUGUUCUCUAGAGGUGUUGGAGGCUAAAGGUGUCCCGAUGGUGUAUAUUAGGGCGAUAAAAAAACAUGUAUGAUCGAGCUAAGACUCGAGUUAGGAUGGUGGGAGAAGAUUCAGAGCCCUUCCCAGUUGAUAUGGGGCUACAUCAAGGAUCAGUUCUUAGUCCGUUCCUAUUCACCUUAGUGAUGGAUGAGUUGACACGGUCAUUUCAGGAGGAGGUGCCCUGGUGUAUGUUAUUUGCAAACGACAUAGUAUUGGUUGAUGAGACACGAGACAAAGUUAAUGCUAGGUUGGAGGUUUGGUGACAGACUUUGGAGUCCAAAGAGUUCAGGUUGGGCAGGACCAAAACAGAGGAUUUGGAGUGCAAAUUCGGUGAUGUGGUAAAUGAGGUGGACGUGGAAGUGAGGCUUUCCACGUAACUUAUUCCCAAGAAAGAAAGUGUUAAGUAUCUUGGGUCCGUACUUCAGAAUAGUGGGACAUCGACAGUGAUGUCACACAUCGUAUUGGGGCGGCAUGGAUGAAAUAGAGGCUUUCUUCUAGAGUACUGUGUGAUAAGAAGGUCCCACCCAAACUUAAAGGAAAGUUUUAUAGAAUCGUGGUUAGACCGUCCUUGUUAUAUGGGGUGAAGUGUUGGCUAGUCAAAAACUCUCAUGUGCAGAAGAUGCAUGUUGCGGAGAUGAGGAUGUCGAGAUAGAUGUGUGGGCAUACUAGGAGUGAUAAGAUUAGGAAUGAGGUUAUUUGAGAGAAGGUAAGAGUGAUCUCUGUGGUUGACAAGAUGAGGAAAGCGAGGUUGAGAUGGUUUGGACAUGUGCAAAGGAGGGGCGUUGACGCCCCAAUGAGAAGGUACGAGAGGUUAGUUGUAGGGGAUCACCGGAGGGGGAGAGGUAGGCCGAAGAAAUAUUGGGGAGAGGUGAUUAGACAUGAUCUGGCGCAACUCCAUAUUACCGAGGACAUGACCUAAAAUAGAAAAGAGUGGAGGACACAUAUUAGGGUAGAAGGGUAGUGAAGGUUAGUGGAGGUUAGCUUGUUAUGUUGUGUAUUGUGUUUCUAUUAUCACACUAUUUUAUGGUUGUUAUUGUUUCUUCCUUGUAGACUUUACAACAGUUUUGCUGAUUAACUGCUAUGCUUCCUUCAUUGUUUCCUCUUUUUUUUUUACUUGGAUUUGAUGAACUUGAGCCAAUGGUCUUUCGGAAACAACCUCUCUACCUCCUCGAGAUAGUGGUAAGGUCUGCGUACAUUUUACCCUCCCCAAACCCGACUUAGUGGGAUUUCACUGGGUAUGUUGUUGUUGUUGUUGUUUAUUUCUAAACAAGGUGAAGAUGAGUUCACAAUUUGCAUGGAGGACCAAUUAAGAUCCUUAGGUAUAAUUCACAGUGAUUAUGAUCACUCACUUAGCUCAAUUCUUGAUCCCACAUUUUUUAAAGGAAUGAGUGUUGUGUUGAUGCUAGUAUGCCACCGAAGAAGAUCAAAGCAGCUGUUUUAUCCGUGGAACCACCUGAUGCUACAACUUAUUGAAAGCCUUAGUGGCAGCAUGGCAGUCCGGAUCAAGCAUGGGAAAACAUGUACUUCCAUGGAUAUGUUGUAUAAUGGUGAACCACAACGAAUUUGUAACAUCGCAGGAACCACUGACGCCACUUCUGGAUUCUUUAAACAAGGUAAUCCAAGAUAUGUUGUUCGAAGCUCCCUAAUUCUACCUCCAAGAAUGCUGGACAGUCUCGGAAGAUAGCUCACUUCGUUAACUGGAUAAAUAAAACUUUUAUUCCAGUUGAUAUGCAGCCUAGAGAUGGCCUCAAAUAAAAUGAAAAUCACCCUUAGCAUCCUUACUUGAUUUAUAUCUGCUUCACAGAAAAUCAAAGUAUCAUCUGCAUAUUGUAAAUGUGAAAUCACUGCAGUUUAUUUUAGUACGGCAAAACCUGCCAAUUUGUUGCAAGGAGCCAUAUUCUCUCCAUUGAAUGAUCGAGAAAGUGCCUUUUGUAAAUCACUUAUUUCACCCUCAUUUUGUUACUUAAGUUGAAGUCAUUCUUGCAGUCAUCAUAAAAAGUUCCCUCCCUCCUUUCUCCAAAGGGGAGAUCGGUGGGAACAUCUGAAGUAUAACACCCUGAGUAGCUAAGCUGGGAAAACAUUGGGUGGACAAUCAUAAUUAUCCUUUUAGACUUUCUAAGUUUGCAACAGAAUUUGCUUUGUGCAAGAGUACAAGAAGAUUAGCAGUCAUCAACACUUACUGAAGUUUGAUCACCAAACAAGUUUAUAAAUGACCAAAAAUUAAAAGGAAAAUGGAAGUCAUUUGACAAUAUAUUAUUCUUUUCUUUGAUAACUUACUAUGAUGAUAACGUUUCAACCCAAAAUUUGCUGGCUCAGCUAUAUAAAUAGUCCAUUCCGCUUCAUUUGGACAUGUUUCUUUCCAAUAUUCAUAAAUUUGGCUAUUCAUAUGUUUGGUAGCUAAAGUCAAUAUCUAAUCAAAUCGGUUGUUUUAACAUAUCUUGAGGUUUAGUUAAUUUUGUGUAGGCCUUAAUUAUUUUUUAAAUCCUCUGAUGAAAUGCUGACACUAAUGCUUGUGAAUUGGCAUAUUCAUUUCUAUGGAUCUACUAUAAUUAGAGUGCUAAAUCCCUCCAUUACACUUUAUAGAUGAUACAUUUUUUUUUUCACGUACCAAAGAGUUGAAUCUCCAACUGAGCUCUGGCUUCUGGAACAACGGGUCUGAUCAACCCAUUGUAUGACUAUUAUGAAGAAUUUGUCACCAUAAUUAGUUGUCUCUCUGCAGUUGAAGAUAUUCUAUUUUUUUUGGAUGUGAAGAUUUUCUUGUUUGUUCGUGAUGGCAAACUUCACAGUUGUUCUGUUCAUAAAAAAGUUCACUAUUGCUCUGUUGUUGGACUGUGAAAACCUUGAAUGGUGUUAAGCACUUCUAUGGU